UAAGUAUGUACAUAUUGAACUGUUAAUGCAGGUCUAGAGCUUUGAACUGUUGCAAAACAUCUUGAGGGCAGUCAAAUGACUAUGUAAGAGCUUUGAUGUAUAGUGCUGUGUUUGGAACAAAGCAUGGAAAUACAUAUGAAGGGGAAUUGAUCAAAUACAGGGAAGGCCUAGACCUACAGGACAUAUGGAUGUACCAACACGACAUUGUGAGGCAGACCGACAUGAAACGUGUUUACAUGACGUCAGGCUGGAACAUAUGGUGUAGUGACGCACUAUGAGUUAGCAGGCUCUUCCAUCAAAUCUGCUUGCCAUUUCAUCAACUUGCCCUCCUGUCUUCCCCAGCAGUCAUGCUGACAGAACAGCUUCCGACAAGGCAAGACCUUGUUGAGUCUCUCGACUCUGAAGCCAUCUUUGAUUAUUUAAUUCAACAUGGAGUCUUAGAUGAAGGAACACGGGAUGGCAUUCGAGGGGAGACAACCAAGGUGCAAAGAAAUACUGCACUACUGCAACACUUGCAGGGGAAUGGUGACUCAGCUAUUGCCUUAUUUAUCAACGCUCUCAGACAGUCUGGUCAACUGGUGCUGGCCAGCUCUUUGGAUGUGACCAGUAAAAUCAAGCCGACCUAUGGAUCAGGUUAUCUGGGGAAGGAGCGGUAUAAAGGUCAAGUGACCAUAAAGAUUCUAGUUGACUCAAUCAAGGGUUUGUUCCCAAAGUGGGAAGAAGGUGACCAAUUGGAGGAGAAACAUGGCGACACACCAGAAAAAGAGGUCAAACCUCAUGGGGGUACAACCCUUAGUGACCUCAAUGUGCUUCUUACGCCUCGCCGCAUGCACAAGUCUUACGAAAAUAUGACCAUGAUUGACGGGAUUGGUGAUGGUUCAAGGUCAAAGAUGUGGCGAAUUCACGAGUAUUCGUAUGACAGGGAUGGGUUUGGGUAUGAUACAGCUGGUGAGGAGGAGGAUGAUGAUGAUGAUGGGGCAAAAUCCGCUGGAUUCUGUUGGUGUCUUUGCAUUCCACGUAGAAAGAAGGCGAAAAAAUACAAACAAAAUUACCCAGGGCCUUCUAAAGAGCGACAGAGAAACGAAAGUCCCAGAAAUGUUCAACCACGUCCCAGGAACACAAAAAAUAGGGACAGUAGUUCAUGUAUGAGUGAUAUCAGCUCUCCUCCAAAAGGUCAACAAAUUGUGAAAGGUGGAAGUUCAAACACAUACUCCCCAAAAAGAACUGAAGUUUCUAUGCAAAAGAAUUUCAAUGGAAAGGAUAGAUCAACGUCUAAAUCCAGCAAAGUGCAAUAUCGUGUUAAAGACACGUCAACCUCAGUUUUACAUUCCAAAUCCAAACAAACGGGGAAGGACCGCACUAAACGCAAGGAGAAAAGUAAACAGGGUGUCAACCAACGUGGUCGGAAAGGUGAGUCUGUUACGCAAAGUCAAAGCUCAAGGUCAGAAAAUAAAGAAAACACUCCCCCAGUCAUUUCUUGCACCAGCACGACGAAAAAACAUGGAACAGGUGUCAAAAACAUGCCAAGUCCUGGUAGUGAUUCAAUUUUAUCUGGAGACGAGGAGCCAGUUGAAUUUUGUGUCAUGUGGAAAAGCCGGGGUCCUACGUUCGACCAACACGUCGAAAAGUUCAAUGACAUUGUUGAUAAAGAUGUUGGAGUAAAAUCGCAGAUUGUGAAAUAUUUUGAACAGGAGCGGGGAACGCUUGUUUUGUCAGUGUAUUGUAGCGAGGAUACCCUUGUUAUCUGUAACAUAUGUAUGACAUGUGAACAAGUGAAAAACAUUCAAGCAGACGAACGCUCUGGACUUCUUACUGAAUUAAUUGAAGGCAUGAUGCUUAAAAAAUCUGUGAUUGAUGCACUUGAUGUGGACGAGAUAAAACUCCAUGUGGCGGUCGAUGACAAUGAAAUUGACCUGGCUAUGGAUGAUGUAAGAUAAAAAAUGACCAUUUGACAAUGAAACUGACAUCUCUGUGGUGAGACAUUGACCGGGAACAACAAAACAUCCUGAAUGGAUGUCAGAUGUGAAUAUAUUCUUGGAAGCACAUUGUUGUAAAUUUUACGAAAUUGGAGAAGAUGGUCAAAUCGUCAUACCUUUUGUUUAUGUUAACAAAAACAAUGUGCCGAUAAUUUGAGUGCAAUUAACAAAAUAUUGAAACCCUUGUGAUUCUCUACAUAUAUCUGUUAAAUGCUGAAAAGAUACAGUAUAUGUUAAAAUGCUUUUCAGAUAUCUAGAAUGUAAAAUGAAAAUAUCCAUUUGUCUUGUUACCCUUGGUACGGUAAGUUUUUUCCCUGUGUUGUACCAUUAGUUCAUUGCUUUUGAACCUAUACAUGUAUGUAGAAAGCAAAGUAAUAAAGUACCCCUGUUUUCCGUUACACUUUGUAUCCCUUACGUACGAUAUAUGUUUUCCUUAUUUUGGUGGACCAUAAAACAUUUUUGGCUUCUUUUUUGUGUGUGUAUAGAAUGUAGUUAACAUGUUUUUUAAUUGCAUCUUGUGACAAGAAAGUGAUUUUAUUUAAUUGAUAAAGGGUAUAUAUACUGUCAUUUUUCUGACUUUAAUCUCCAUUUUGAAGGAGUUCCAUAAAAACCAACACGUAAAAGUAUAGUAUGAAAGGGGUGCUUACAUUUAAGUUAUUUUGAAUAUAUUGGCUGGUUCUAGCUCAAUCAGUAAGGGGGAUAACUCAAAAAUAGUUUUUAGGAUUUUUGAAUUUCGUACUCAUUUAUGAAAUACAACAUGUUUUAUAUCAUAUUUAUAUUUAAUUAUCUGUUUAUGCUUACCUCUAUUUUUAUAUUUUAAGCAUCAAAGUUACAGAAAUUACUUUUUCUUCACCGGUUUUAAGUUACGAUAAAUUUGUCAUGAUUUUAUAUAAAAAUACAUUUUUAUAAAACGGCACAUGUAUUCACUGUAUAUAUAUUGGCGGAAAUAUACAGACAGCGAAUAAAUAGCGAAAGGAUGUGUAAUUGUUUAACCAAUGAAAACCGUCGUUACAUCACAGACGUAGUAGAAUUGUUUUUAAUAUAUGUACGCACUGCCAUGAGUGUGCCGAUUGUUUUAUAUACCACAAGUAUUCUUCGCAUUAUGUUAAACAGUCAAGCUUACUCACGAUCAAUUCUACACAGCAUUUCUGAAAUAUUUAUGUAGCAUACACAGUAGGUGUCCGUAAGGUAAGCUUGAAUGCUGAACUUUGUAUCGAUAUGAGAACGGUCCUACAGCUUUUCACGAGUACUUUUGGUUUUCGAAUAAGUGGCCAACAAACUUACAGUUCGUGCCUGGUUGUUGUAUUGGUAACAAGGGCCAUUGUAUAUAUGCAGAAGUUCAGUAAUUUGAACUAAUGAGCUAUUAUAUAAACACCAAUUACUACAUCGGGUACUAUUUGAUAAUUGUAGUCAAUUCAGACACAUAGAACUGUAAGGUACGGUUUAGUUAUUCACAUGAAUCGAAUCAAUAAUUUGAACAGGGAAAGUUCGACUCCAUGAUGAGCUUAACGUCAUUCACUGAACAUGUAGCCAAGCCUAUGUUGAAAACUAUUUUGUUUUAAUUCUGUCAUUAAACUUUCAAUAUAUUCUUUUGCUUAUGGUAUUUAUGUCAAGUUCAGGUCUUUUGUGAUCAUCAAAAACAAAUUAUGCUACGUAUGAUAUGUUUUAGAAAGUCACAAAUCGCUGAAGAUAAAUUUCAAUUGGAUUCUGAUAUUAGCAUACAGUGUAUGCAAAUACUUUUCCAAACAGAAAACCAUCUGCCUUGUAAAUGGCGUCCCCACUCUCUAUGUACAUUGUCGGAGCAUCCCAACUUAAGAGGUUCCUUUCACUUGCAUGCUGACAAGGAUUUUGAUGACAUAAUAACUUCAGAUAUUCAAAUGACAUUUUUUUUUAUUUUACAACCCAAUCAAAACCAAAUGUGUAUCAUAUUUAUGUCCAAAAAUGAUCUGUAAAAAUUUCAGAGUUUUUUCAUAGUUGGAAUGGAUUUAAUUAUACCGAGAUGUGUCUUUUAACUAUAGUAAUCAGAUAACCAAAAGUCAUGUACUUUAGUCAGUAUCAAGUAUUGAGUGGCGUCCUCUUCAGAAAAUGGAAUUAUAAAUUGAAUAAAGCUCUUACCACUUGUUAAGUAUAUACAUGUACUUGGUAGUAUUAAGUUUCAUUACAAACAGACACAUGAAGCCAAAUGUUUAUUAUUAUUAUCAUUUUAAAAUUAAUAUUUAUUUGUAUUUUUGGUCUGCUGGUUGGAAAUGAUAGAAUACCUUUUGUGAAAAUUUUUGCCUUUAUCUGUCUCUAAAACGAUUCUAAUCUAAUUUGUUCUAACAGCGAUCGAAUUAUAUGAUGUAUUUGAUUGACUGACAAAUACAUUUCAAAGAAAAGUAAUGUCUCGAUAUCCGGCUGUUACACAUAUUAUUUCUUAUCGGCCAUUACAGACACUGAAGAUUUACUUCCCUUUAUUAGUUACCAAGAUAGGAGAUUUACCAGAGUGUACGUAUCAUGCGGAAAUAUUGAUGCAUGCAUUUAAAAACUUUGCAUGACAAGUAGCAAAGUACACAAGACAUGUGAGAGCAUAUCUACAGAUUGAAAUAUUAAAUGAAUAAACUGAUGUGAACAAUACAAUUGUAUCUCGCAUAUGUUGAGGCUCUCAUAAUGCAUCGAAAAGAAAACAUCAUAUAUUGAGAUGCAUAUGUAUAGAUAUGUUAUAUACGGGUAUGUGAGAAAAAGAAUACGUCACCAAUUGAAAUUUAUAAUAACCCAGCUGUAUUCACAGAUUAUUACUGUGUAGCACCAUCAUAAGUGCAGUAGUACGGAGUUACUGUCUUUAACAAUUCACGGUUACAAUUAUCAUUACCACGGAUAUAGCAUAUAAAUUUUCAAGGAGUAUUUAUUUUUCGCAAAUUCAAGUGUCACACAAUUAUUUUUGUAAAGUAAUAGAUAUACACGCCAAGUAAGUUGCGAAUCAAUAGUCUAGCUAAUUAUUUUGGAAACUUGUGUUCAUAAAUAUAAAUGCUCACGAAAUGAUAGUUAUCUUUAUUAGCAGGGUUGAUUGUAAGUUGUCGAUUUUUUGAGAGUGAUUGCAGUGGCUUAUGGGCCAUUUUGUAAACUAUUUCGUUACUUCGAACCCGAAAUAUUUUCCGCAAAUGAAAACUGCGGUGUUUCGUUGAUAAUUUUCUUUUUUGAACUCUCAUCCAACUGAUGGUCGUGAUAUAUAUCAGUGUUGUGAUUUGACAGUUUUUAUACAUGCGUGGACUUACAUAAUUGUAAUGCUUUUGUAUGAAUUACACUGCUAACAUAUCAGAUCAGUGACGUAAGUCGCCAUGUCAGUAAUAUUAAUCCACAACCACCACAGACAUCCCUUUUAUUCUGUGUGGCUUACAUGUCAACAAGUUUGACCGAUUUUUAAUGUUCACCGUCAUUUGAAAACUAGUGCACGUCUAUUUUACGUCUGUGACAUUAUUUAUGCUUAUUCAUAUGUGGGAGUCGACCUCUCGUGAACUCGUGCGUCGCGAAUACGUCUUAUAAAAAGUGAUCAUUUAAAGACAUACUGUUUUUUCCAUUUAUUUCGUAAGCUCAUGUUCACAUUGUAUUUGCUGCUAAAUUUUAUUGAAUCAUGACCAAGUUUACACAAUUAUCAUUAUAGCUUGAAUGUAGCCACCAGUUGUGAUAAGAUUUAUCAGUGAAUUGGAAAUUUACUUGAUAAUUCUAUCGUAUGUCUAAAGCUAUAUUGUAUACAUCCUUUGUCAUUUCAAACAAGCCUAUGAUCUCCUAUGAUGUUUUUUUUACUUUUUAUUUUGAUGGGAUACAACUGAACGCAGUUAUUAUACAUCCGAAAUUAAUCAAUGCAUCGUUUAUUCUUGCUUUAUAUUCAAUAUACAAAUGCAUUUGUAGUGCAUUUGAUCAAAUCCGGUUGUCUGGUACAAGUCAUUGUUUUUAAAUUUUAUUCUUGUUCAAUUAGAAUACGGUUUCUGUUUGAAACAAAUUCCUUAACUAUCGGUUGAUGAUAUACGUCCUACGGUUCAACACGCUUAUAUAUUAAUAUCGAUGUGCAUGGAUACAUAUUCCUUUGCAAAAUGCAGGGCAUUUAGCUCACCAUUGGCAUUUAACAAUUUCAGAAGUCAAAUCACCUUUUCCCUGAAAUUUGAUGGGUCAAAACACUUUGCAAAUAUACUUGUCGUUUCAAACCCAAGAGUGAAAUUUUAUAUUUGGGAGUCACAAACAUAUACUACCAAGGAUGUAAUGAACGCCCUGUGAUGUAUGUUUUUUCGUUCAAUACGUGAUUGUCACAAUUGCCGUCAUCUGCAUGUAGUAUUGUCAUUAACAUCUCUAUGUAUACUGGUGUAUAAUGCGUAGAGAACCAACUGGUAACGUUAUUUGUCCUGUUUUCAUUCAAUGGGAUACAACUCUAAUAUUAACUUGGUAUUACCGGUAGCCGUUGUUAUGCACUUAGUGAUUUUACAGAUUAUUUCAAAUAUCGUUUUUACAAAAACGAUUAAGAGUCCAUUUAAGUUAAAAACAUUUUAGUCGAAUAAAUGAAUCCAAAUGAGAA